CCCGACCAGAAUCCCUCAAUCCCAAAAGCCAUCAUUUUGCAGACCGAUAUCUUUUGAUAAUCACACUGUAGAUAUGCCUAAAGCUACCUCCGCCUCCGCCAAGCCCGCUCACAAGUUCGUCGUGGACUACUCCGUCCCCGCUGGUGACCAGGUCUUCGAUGCCGCUGGUUACGAGAAGUUCUUGAACGACCGCAUCAAGGUCGAGGGAAAGACCGGUCAAUUGGGUGACAACAUCCAGUUGAAGAGGGAUGGAGCCAAGCUCGUCCUUACCGCUCAGACCCACUUCUCCAAGAGGUACCUCAAGUACUUGACUAAGAAGUUCUUGAAGAAGAACCAGUUGGAGAACUUCCUCCGAGUUGUUGCCACCUCCAAGGACACCUACUCCCUGCGAUACUUCAAAGUUGACCAGGACGAGGAGGCCGACGAGGAGUAAACUCGCUUUAUCUAUCGAUGACCUAUUUCGAAGGAUGAAGGAUGACCUGUGGUCGGGGACGGUGUUAGGGCUUGUCGAAGUUUCUGUACAGCGGUUAAGGCUUGCUAGGGCUACAACGAUGGCAUAAUACGUUCUCCCAA